AAUUUAAUGAUGUUGAUCAGAACUUUCUGUGUCUGUGUAUCAUAACGGUAUCGAGCGACUCGCUUAGAAGAAAAACGUGUGACAAGCACAAGCGCAUCCUAUUACCCAACAUUAUUCCUCGACGACCAUUGCUUACGUAUGGUUUAGCGCAGAAUGAAAACUAGAAUUCAGCGGCGCAGGUAGAAGCUCCAUACAGUGUCAAGGUGUCAGUUUCCGACCAAUUUUCCCCUCAAACGGAUGUAUCGAAAUUCUUCGUCUUCCUAGCUAUGUCAGCUGCUGGUAAGACCAUUGGCUCUGUGGCAACUACUUCUCUGUUUGCUUCAAAUAUUGUUGUUCCAGCUGAUCUGCGUAGAAAUGCUUGGAUUGCUGUCGAUAUCACACCACCGAACGGUGUAAUGGACCGUUUUCAGUCGACGAUGAAUAAAAUCCCAUCACAGUUCUGUCGACCACGUCCACUAUCGAAAUCAGCUAAACAAGAGAAUUACUCCCUUUGCUUUCAUCUUUGGAAGAGAUUCGCUCGAACAACGACGGGCCAUGGCUUUGCUAGAAUGGUGGACAGUGACGAACCCAAAUCUAUAAGAAUAUUUUGGGUGGUGGUGGUGGUACUACUCAUAUCGGGACUUUUAAUUUCAAUCGUCAUAAUCAGCUAUGAGGUACUAGUAGUUCGUGGGCUACGCAGAGAAUUUAUCGUUCAGAACAACGCCACAAUGUUCUUGCCCGACAUCCAUAUUUGCGAUACAUCUCUAUUCAAUCGCACUGCUCUUCAAGAAAUGGGCAUCAAUAACACGAUGGCUUCCUACAUGACUUUGGCUCUCUCACACUUGCUAGCAUCACGAGCCAUAAUUGAGGACACGAAAAAGCAAAAACGCCUCGAUAAAGAAUUUCGGCGUUUGAUUAAAGACAAAACUAUUAAAGAAAUCUUUGACCGAACGACGCUUCGGUGCGAAGCCAUAAUUCUCGGGUGCACUCACGACCGCAUUCUCUAUUCCAGCAAAAACUGCUGCUCCAAGUUCUUUGGCAACCGUCGUUUCGUCACCGAUUUGGCUGCGAUUUGCGUCUCAACUCAUUUCCAGCCGCCUCUUGAAGAAAUUUUCGAUACGCAAAUCUAUGGUUUUACAGUUUACUUAAAAACCAACGUUGUGGAUCGAUUCGGUACCUGA